CUUCUAUGCCUGAAUUUGAUCUAUUUACAGGUGCCAGGGGUUCAAUAACCAAGAACCUACUGACAACAGAAAACCCUUCCUAGCCUGAGAACUGCAGCUUAGCCUCCAACAUCUGAAAAGAGGUCCCAGCGACAAAUGAUACUGGUGCAUCACCUUCAGGCCUGGAUUGGUAAUAUAGGCUAAGUCACCUCAUUAUUCUCUGCCUAUGCCAGAAGGUACAAAGCUGCUAAAAGAUGAGACUGUGGCAGUCCCUGAAGUCAGGUGCCCACGGAGAAGAACAAUAGCAAAAAUGGAGACCAGGUCCAAACAAACAAAAAAGGCCUUUGUAUUUCAAGAGCCCACCUUAGACCCAAUGAAUAGUGACUUUCUACGGCAUCUUACAGGAAUUUGUGGGCCUGAUGAAGACUGACUGCAGACAAGGCACAAGUCUAUUCAUCAACUAUGGAUAGAUCCCCAAAUUCUCCUGAAUCCCGUGGGCUCACGAGGAAGAGAAACAUCAAGACAAAGACAAAAGGGGCACAUAAAAAGAUCAAGCUUAUGGGAAACAGCAUGGAGGAGAAAAGCUUGUGCCACGUAGAGCAAGAGGAGCAGAAGAGAGAGAGAGAGAGGAAACCAGCAGAAGCUCGUCAACUCAAGAAGAAAAGAAACUUCAACGAUGAGAGAGAACAGGAGUCAAAAAGGAUCAGAAAAAUGAAUAACAUCGAGGAAAAGAACUUGCAUAGCUCCAAAGCACAUAGUGAGAAGAAGGAGAAAACCAGGACGGAAGAUCCAGAAGAAGGAGAAAGUGGAGCAAAGAGGCCUUGUGUUCCAGCUCAAAGGCCCAAUCCGAAAAACAUCACCAGCUAUCAGUUCCACAAGAAUCUUGGGAAAGGAAAGUUUGGCAAGGUUAUGCUGGCGUCACUGAACAACUGCAGAGAUCAAGUAGCAAUCAAAGUGAUUCAGAAGGCGAGGCAUAUAGAGAACAUCGUGGCAGAGGCACGCACUCUCAGGAUCACUGAAGAUUGUCCCUUUCUCUGCCAUGGAUAUGGAGCUUUCCAAAACCAGCUGAAUAUGUUUCUUAUAAUGGAGUUCAUAAGAGGAGGAUCCUUGGAACAGCUUAUAAAUGAGAAAGGUUGCUUGGACAUGGAUAGCAUAAAAUUCUAUUCUGCAGAGAUGAUCGUCGGUCUACAGUAUCUGCAUUCAUGUGGUAUUGUGCACCGCGAUCUAAAACCAUCAAAUAUCUUACUGAGUGCCGAGGGGCAUAUCAAAAUUGCAGAUUUCGGCCUAGUUGCAGAAGGUAUGUUCGGCAACAAAAAGAUCUAUGCCUUAACAGGGACCUUCCUCUACAUGGCUCCAGAGAUUCUUCUGAUGAGUGGGUAUGACGCAGGAGUGGAUUGGUGGUCUUUUGCCAUUAUUCUAUGCCAAAUGGCCAGUGGAAGAGCUCCAUUCAACAAAGACUUGCCAAUGGCAUACUUCAUCCAAUCAGGGAUCUGGCAGCAUCCUUUCAUUCCUGAGGAUAUCAGUACCGAUCUGAAAAAUCUGCUGCAGGAGCUCCUCCAGAAGAAUCCUGACAAGCGUCUGGGCACGACGGGGGAAAUAAGAAAACACCCGUUUUAUAGAUCGGUUGAUUGGACAGCGUUGGAGAGCAGAAAGAUUCCACCCCCUUUCCAGCCAAGAUCUAUACCAACUGUGGAUGUCAAUGCAGUCUGUGAAGAGCCACUGUCAUUCUUAGAAGAGCCGGACUGCAUCAACACAUCAGGUGGUGUAAUAAUGGUUCAGGGUCUUUCAUUCCUGAGUCCCGGCUGGGAAAGAUCUGCAGGCCCCUUUUGCCUCCAACGUCUGCCCUCCCCACCAUGGGCUCCCACUGUCAGCCCUCCUCUCCUCAGACCUCUGCCAUCAGACUUCCAUACCUUGGAACCCUACCAUCAGCCUCUUUUUCCUCAGGCUUCCUCCAUUGGCACUCCUUACCUUGGGGCCUCAUCAACAGCCCUCCCCUCUCUUGACCCCUACUAUUAUCCCUCUCCUCCUUGGCCCCUGCCAUAUGCCCUUCUCUCCUUAGACCUCCACCCAGCCCCUUAG